AAAAAUUAAAUGAAAAUAACCGCCAUCUCUGACUGUACUAACAAUGAAUUGAUAUGGAUAUUAUUAAAGUAUACAUUUUCGAUAAAUUUAAUUUCUGCUACUGUCUAAGAAAACAUUGAAUAAGUUAAGAAUAGAAGAUAUUUUGAAUGACUCUGUUUUAAUUUGUAUGGGUUUACAAAACACACAUCUAUACAUUUGUUUAUACAGUGUAAUGGAUAAUCCAACUCCACAAGAUCUUCAAAGAAAAUUGUAUUUUUUGGUUGAACAACUUCAACAUAUGGCCGGAGAACUUCCACCGAAAUAUCAAAUGAGACUUCCUUAUGAAUUAUUGUCAGCUUUGGCAAAUUCCCUACUAAAUGAUACCAUCUUUGAAAUUGUCAAGGGUUUAAUGGAAAUACAACAUGUUACGGAAAAACAUCUUUUUCAACAAAGACUGCAACUGCUAAAUCAACAGAAAAUUGAAGCUCAAGAAACAUUGUCAAACGUAAUAACGGAUGAGGAAAGAAUUGAAAUAAAAACUGCUCUAUAUAAAAAACACAAAGAAGAAUUAAAACAAACUGAUAUGAAACUAGUAUUACAAUUAGACCAAAAAGUAUCAGAUCAACAAAGUAUAUUAGAAAAAGCUGGUGUACCUGGGUUUUAUGUAACUAAUAAUCCUAUUGAAAUUCAAGUGCAAAUGAGGUUAUGUGAUUUUAUAAUAAGAUUAAGUAAAAUGGAAGUACCUAGUUAAUUUCAAAUGUUAAAUAUUAUUAUUUAUUUAAAUAUAUUGAACUUAAAUCACUAACAUAUUUUAUAUGAAAUUGUAUAAAAUAAUAAAAUCAUUUUGUAAAAA